AUGGACCGAUGGAGCUGCUCGGAUGGACCGAUGGAAUGGACGGAUCUCUAUAAGCACGUGAUCGGCGUGGUUCACACCAACUACCAGGUGUAUUUGGAAGAGCUGGGCUAUGCAGGGAUCAUGAGCAGCCCGACCAUCCGACAAAGCCUUUUUUCGACCUUUACCUCUAUGGUUUGCAGCGCCUAUUGCGACGUCACCAUCAAGCUUUCGUCCGCAGGGAUUUCACUGCCCAACGAGGUGCAGUACAACGUGCACGGCGUGCGUCAAGAGUUCUUCGACAUGGCCAAGCGCAGCAGUGUCGGAAAAAAGCGCUGGUUGCCUUUUCAGGAGACGAACGAGUCCACGGGGAGUCUGGUGUACUUCAUCGGCAAAGCGGUGAAGCCGAAGGGCUGGGUGCAACUGCUGAAUUUGCUGGAAACCUUGCCCGACACAGAGGUCCGAAGCGGACGCUUCCGUGUGGACGCCUUCGGCUCCGGUCCCGAGGAGGAGGAGAUUGCUGAGAUGGUGCAACAGCUGAAUCAGAAGCGCGAGGGGAUCCUGCAGAUGUUCCCGGGCCGCAAUCAUGCCGACAAGCAUUUUGAGCAGUACAAGGUGCUGGUGAAUGCCUCCACCACCGAGAUGCUUUGCACGGUGACGGCGGAAGCCUUGGCCAUGGGCAAACACGUGGUGCUUGCAGAGGACCCGUCCAACGCAUACUUCAAGGCCAAUUUCCCCGAGCGUUGCCAUUUCUUCAACUUGCAGGAUCCCAGCUCUUUCCAUCGCGCAUUGCAGGAUGCCCUGGAGAAGGAGGGCCCCUUGCCAUUGUCCUCGGCAGCGGAGGCCCUCCUCAGCUGGGAUGCGGCCUUGGAGCGUUUCUAUGACGCAUCACAGGUCCACGUGCUGUCUGGACGUUUGGAAAGGCCUUCCGAGGCGCGCGGGGCCAAGAUCGCCUUUGAGAUCCACAGCCGCUUCCAGACGGACACGCCGGCCUUCUCGAAGCUGUUGAAGAGUGCCACACUGAACCAGGAGAUGGAGUUUAAGGCCCCCUGGGCUGAGUUGGGCACCACCAGUGAGCUGAUGGACGCUGAGUUGCAAAGAAAGCACGGUUGGUGGAGUUGCGAAGGCCAUGGGCGGCGUCCACUCCAUGGUCGAUUGCGCCAGCUUGGGACCCAGGGCGACGACCCCGGUGAGGAGGACUGCAAGGGAAAGCAGCUGCAACCCAAAGGGCUAGGUGUUUUGGAGCAACUCUUUGACGCAGAUGCCUGCGGCCUCUACAAGCGAUGUGCGGAAGCAAGCUUCGGCGAGCGGAAGAAAGCGAUCCUGCAGACCCGCCUGGACGGGCUCCUUCAGGACCUGUUCUCCGCGCACGACCUCAACAAGAAUGGGCUUCUCGAGGAGUUGGAACUGAUUCAGCUCAACAAGAAGAUCGUUUUGCUGCACCAGGGCCGCAAUGCCGACAUGGAUGCCGUGAAGGAGAAGUAUCAGGACCUCUUCCGGCGAAAGUUGGACGCGGCAGGGAAGGCAGUGCCGUUCAGCGUUUUCAAGGCUUACAUGCUCCAGGUCCUUGCCGAUGUGGAUCCGGAUCCCUGCGCGCAAGAGAUGAUGCUGGAGCAAUGGAUAGUGGAAGCGCAAGCAGCUCGAGUGAUGUUCCACAUGCCCUCAGUGACAAGCGUGACCGAUUUGCCCUUCUUGUCGACCAUUUCCUUUGACAAGGACGAUCUGCCGGCCAGCCCCAGCCCCAGCAACGUGAGAGUUCGGAAACAGAAAAACGGAGAAAGCAUGGGCAUGGGGGCAGCGCUAAGAAAUUAA